UUCUUGGAGCCGAGGAAAGUGCCGCUCUCAGUAAAAUAGGGCAAGUUGACGCAAGUGUGCGAGUGCACCGAGAGGCGCAAUAACCGCGCACACGGCAGCGACGCUGUCAGUACACGAUGUGAAUUUGACCCGGCUUCUAGGGAAGUGGAUCAGGAAGGAGACGGAGAGGGGACAAGACUCGAGCUGCUCUCUUUCCUGGGGGGUGUUUGUUUAACCGCCCCGCAACCUCCACGCGAAAGCGCAGCCCGUGCGGAAUAGUCACACUGACGACGACACGUGUGGAUGGUUAACCGCAUGUUUCCUCGCUGAGGUGCGGCCCGAUUACUUUAGCGGCUCCGCUCUCCGCUUGUUAUUAGACACUUCUCUGCUCCAGAGACACAGUUUUUUUGCGGAUCUGCCGUGGGGAUGUCGGGGGUUGACGUCUCCGCAGAGCGUGUCCCCGGCCGACCAGGCCGAACCGAGGACGCGCUGAAGGAGAGCCAGGAGCACCGGACCUUACUGAUGGUGGCGAUGAUUCUGUUGGACUUGAACAAAUGCAAUCCUAACGCGAUCGCCGCCGCCGGCGACGCCGCUGCGCAGGAGAAGGCGGAGCGGGCGAGUUGCCGGUUGAGCGCCGGCGACGGCCGGAGCGCCGCGGCACCUCAGCAGUCCCGGAGCAGGAAGGCUGCGGCGAGACAAGAGGUCGAGAAGCGGCACCGCUGCCCGUUCGGCGGCUGCGGGAAGAUGUACGGCAAGUCGUCCCACCUCAAAGCCCACCUCAGGGUCCACACCGGCGAGCGGCCCUUCGAGUGCACAUGGCCGGACUGCGGCAAGAAGUUCUCCCGGUCGGACGAGCUGACGCGCCACUACCGCACGCACACGGGCGAGAAGCGCUUCCACUGUCCCAUGUGCGACAAGUGCUUCAUGAGGAGCGACCACCUGACCAAGCACGCCCGGCGCCACAGCGGCUUCCAGCCCAGCAUGCUGCCGGGCGGCGGCGCGGCCAAGCGCCGCCGCUGCUCCCUGUCGGCCUCGUCCUCCUCCGAUUCCGGGGACCAGAGCCCCGCGGGCGUGUGAGCCGCCGUCGCGGGCCGUGCACGUGUACGCAUGUAGGUGCAGUACAGAGAGGACGUGUGACGUGGGCACACACAGUCAGCCGAACCACUAUGUUUUUCUGCUGUGCACGUAACAUUGUGCAACAGCAAACCCUGCAGUGAACCUAAAGCCCCCCCACCCCCCCUCCUGUUCCCUGAGGGGGUGGGUAUUUAUCAGUGGUUAUCCAGGGUCUGUCACGCAGGUCUAGUUGUUUUGCAACCAGCAAUUAUUAUACUUUAAAAGUGUUUUUUUUUUCUUGAAGGAUCUGCCGUCCAAGCCAUAUGUUCACGAACCUCUGUGGCUUUAAUAAACACUAAACGUGUUCACGUGGCUUCACCGACGUCUUGUGCAAUUAUAAAAAAACAACAAGAAACAACAUCUUACGAUAUUACGAGAUAUUCAGUGUUACAAAGUUUGGGCAAUAGUCCUUUAGUCAAUAUUUGUAUUGCACACAUUUGUACAGGCUCUUUUUAAAAACAAGACAAGUGUAAAGCUUUAUUGUGUAAAUAGUUUUACAGUCUUCAUGUCAGAUGAAUGAUUUACUCAAUAUACUGUUAUUAGAGAGUGUCAUUAGAAACAAAGCUAUACUAUAGAAAAAUGCAGAGCUAUUUAAUGAAGCUGUGGGCUUGUAGGUAUAGAAUGUGUUGUCAUGCAAUAAUCUGCUAAAAGACAGAUACUAUUAAGUCAGAAAUAGAACAAGGUUAGAUGUUGAAGGUAAAGUGGAAGCUUCCCUUUUUUACUUGCCAUUUUUCAAUGUUAAAGUCAUAAUUUGUCUGGGUAAUAAACUAUAAACAAGGACAUACAGUUUGUGCCUUUUUAGGGUUUUGUAGCAGAGAGGAUUUUUUUACAUUUUCACACUAUGAGAUACUACCUGAACAAACAUUUUCCAAUUAUUUAUGUUGAUGUGAGGCACUUUUGGUAUGAACGACUGUCUCGAAAGCCAGUGGCGCCAGUUGCUCAGCAUUGAAUCAAGCUUCGGGUUUACUUUGAAUCGGGACUUAACUUCAUCAGGGACCGAGCCGAUGGUUUAGCACCCCCUGCUGGUGGAGCUGCGCCGCAUUGCUCCGACCAUAGACUCCGUCCCUGUCCUGCCCAAAGGCGACAAUGUGUAUGAAACGAAGCAUGUUUGUAUGUGUUUUUAGUUGGUGCACUGUAUUUUCUUGUUUACUUGUAAUUUUUAUAGCAUUAUUACAGAGAUGCAAGGUCUUAUUCAACCAAUGAGGAUUCUCAAACAUUAUGGAUGCUUUUCUCUUUUUUUAUACCUGCGAAAAAAUGCAUUAACACAUCUAUUUAGAGUGAAAUGUGAGAUGACAUGAAUUCUAUACACGUGUAACCUGAAAUGAUAUGUUUUCUUUUUGGCAUUUUGACAACUGUGAUUAGAUGUUGGUGCCUUUCAGAUUGAAACCCUUUCUUCUGAUGCUACUGUAACUGUGAUCAGGGACUGUGAAAGCUAAGGCUAUGGUAGUAAAAUGUGCAUCGCUGUGUAACAAUCACUGAUCAAACAUUAACAUUAAAGUAUUUUUUCUUCUUUCUAAA